AUGUUGGAUGCAAAACCAACAACCUCACCUCUCCAACCUCAUAUUCAACUGACAACCACAGGAGAUCCAUUCUCUGAUCCCACUCACUAUCGCUCUCUCGUUGGUGCACUCCAGUAUCUCACUAUGACUCGUCCUGACUUGUCCUACGUGGGCACCAUGUCCUAUGGCCUAUCCUUCACCCGUGGAGCUUCCCUUAAUGUUCUUGGUUACUCGGAUGCUGAUUGGGCUCGAUGUAUUGAGACUAGGCGAUCUACCUAUGGUUAUUCCAUUUUCUUAGGCGGUAAUCUCGUCUCAUGGAGUUCUAAGAAACAACCAACCGUAGCUCGAUCAAGUUGUGAAUCAGAUUAUAGAGUCAUGGCUAAUGCAGCAGCUGAACUGAUAUGA